AUGAGUGUUUACGAAACACCAGAUAAUGAUCAGGAUAAUGAAAUAAGUGUUUACGAAGCACACGAUAAUGAUCAAAAUACUGAAAUGAAUUAUGAAACACCAGAUAAUAAUCAGGAUGAUGAAAUGAGUGAAGAACUAAACGGAGAUGCUUCAGAAACAUUUAAUCCUGAUAACGUUACGGAACAUGUUUUACGAGUAUCAAAAAUUCAUGAGGUUUCUGUAAUAAGUUCAAAUAAGAUUGUAAUGAAACAACCAAAAGAACCAUGA